AUGGGUCUGGACACGAAUCGACCCCCUCUCCCGGCACCUACAGAACCCUCGACUCUCGACUCGGCAGACGACUCCAACCUUCGAGACGACGUCUACACAAACGUCUCCACGCGCACAGACAAGACCUCGUUUUCCAUCCCAGAAGACGGCACCCCGGUGACUAUCAACACCACCAAGCAGCCCCAGGGCACCAUCCACAAAAGAUACCCCUCGCAGACCUCGCUGCUCAUCGAGUACUUUGAAGGCGGCAAGACCGAGGGCAAAGCCCACUCGCGCCCCAGCGUUCGCGUCCGCGUCACCCCAUCGUCUCGCAAAAGCAAGGCCAAGGUCGCAAACGACCACGUCCAAAUCACCCAGACCAACCGCUACACGCGCAAGCCUUCAUACACCCGGCGCAUCUCGCUCGGUAGCAAGCCCCGCGACGAAAUCAUCGACACCCGGACCACCACUGAUUAUUCAGAAGACGGCUCCAACGUAUCCUCUCUCCCACCCGUGGAAAUCGAGCUACUCCCCAACCACAGCGACGUCUCCAGCAACGGCGGCCGCUUUAUCCCCAUGGCUUCAGACGUCUCUUCCAUGCCUACUGACAGCAUGUUGGGAGGAAAACCAGAAAUCCUGCCUCCAGGACGGCGCAGAAGCCGAAGCUUGGAGAGGGAAGCUGUUGCCGAGUCCAUGGCCUCUGAGGGUUACGACACACUGAAGGCACCCAAGCAUCAGCGCAGUAGAAGCUUGAGCAAGGAUCGCAUUACACAGCGCGUCAUGGAGAAGCUACAACAACAGACAGGAGACGGCGGGACCUCCAAAUCAAAAGAGAGCUCCUCAAAGUCGAGGGAUACCAUCAAGAUCAGUAAAGACGAGCUGACUUCACCCCGCAAAUCGCACCGAAGAAGAAGCAGGGACACGGAAGAAGUAAGCGCCAUCAGCGGCACCGAAUCCAGUCUUCUCUCUUCCAACGCCGAUCGUCGAUCUGGCAUUGCGCAUUCAACCCGCUCCGGCGUGUCUGGAGCCUCGUCCAUCAACAAUCCCAAGUUGCUCGCAACGGUAGAGGAUGCAAUCAAGCGUCUCAUUCUUCCAGAGUUGAAUGCUCUGAAAGAAGAAAACCGCACUUCAAGAAAUCGAGACAAGUUCGAGACCACUCGCAAUAGUGGUGCUACGUACGACACAAUCGAUUCUACCAGCUCCCGCGAGCCGUCCAGGCGUCGUGUCUCAAAGUCUUCCAGCGCGCCUAAACUGCACGGCAACAAGCCAAAAGUCGUCCUGAAUCGUGACGGCGAAGAUCCAGGAACCAUCCUUUCUGGUGGUUCCAGCCGCAAGGGUGAGCGGCGAUCGAGCCGAGGCUCCAUCUCUGACCGGAGCUAUGCUGAGUCGACGACUCGCGAAGAAAAGACGACCCAUCGGAGAAAGAGCAGCAAAGACAAAGAAAGCACGUCUGCACGAGAUGCUGCGUUAGCUCUCGUCGCAGGAGCUGGCCUGACAACCGCCGCUCUGAAGCACCACACAUCACGCGAAGAGAAGGAAGAGGAGCGCAAGCACAGGAAGCAUCGCUCAUCUCACAGCAGUAGAAGUCGUUCUGCGAGCAUAGCUGAGAGCGUGGAGGAGAAGAGCUAUGUGAAGCAGCGUGUACCGCCUCUGCCCUUCAAUCACAGCGAACUGCAAGGCUCAGAAAUGACUCGAGAUUCAAUCUUGUCGGCCGAAACCGAGACGAAAGAAAGACCGAGCUCACGGUCGUCCAGGAGCACUGGUGUCGAGACACCUCUACAACAAGUGCCUCGUGGCUUCAUUUCGCCAUCUCCCUUGUCGCCAUCCCCUCUCUCGCCGACGCGAAGUCCUAACACGUUACAGCGGAGUUUCGGAACAGCUCAUAGCAAUCACUCAACAGGCGAGGUCCGCCUGAGUACUCCAAAGAGUGAUCGCAGCUACUCUUCCCGCACUAGAGAGGUUAGUAAGGUCAGCCGAGAAGCUGCAGCCAAAGCCAAAGCUCGUGCUAUCGAACGUUUCGAGCCUCAGGCAUCUCAGUAUGAGAUUGAAAGCGAGACACCGACCCGCGGCGUGAGCCCUAUUCAAAGUGAGGCUAGUUACCGCGGGGGCCUAGCUUCUGGCUCGCCACGACAUCUUCGAAGUGCUCAUAGUGGAGCAUCUGUAUCUUCUCUUGGCCAACAAGUUGAACGACCGCAGUCUAACCUCUCUAUUGCGUCUUUUGAAUCGACGCCUAGCACCAAGGCGGCGCGAACCCGUAAGCGACCACAAGGCGUCACCCUCGAGAGCAAGAGAUCCGUUCUGGGCGAACCGGACACUCCUCGAGAUACAGAAGAAUUCUUCGAAAAGAACCAUGAGCAAAAUGAGAUGUACCGAAGAGAGCUAGAAGAUAGCGAAGUAGCAUCGCCUGUCAACCACCGUCUCACCAAUUACACGGACGACAGCGCUGAAGGCAUGUAUCUUGAUCGCGAGGAGAAGAUGGAUCUCCAGGAUCUUCAGAGGGUUGGCUCGAUCCCAGAAUAUGUACAUACGCCACUCGCAGUCGAGUCCGCGGUUGCCUCUCUUCACGAUCCAUCCAGCAUCAGCGUCCGAUCAUCGGGAGUGUCGAGUCCGCUGAAGAAGAGCCAUCUAUCACAAGUAAGCCCUAGUCCAGCAAGCUAUACCGUGCAGACAGAUCAGGUACCCAGCCGCGAGCGAUGGGGUGCUAUUCGAGAUCAGGCCGAAGCCCUAGUUCAGCAGGCGCACACUGAGAAUUCACCGAGACAAAGCAUUGCAGAGUCCAUCGACGAAACACCUCAGAUGCACCACAGUGCAUUCCCAGCAGAUCAUGAUGAGAUGAUGCCUGAGAUUGGAUAUGGUGUGGACGAUGACUCUGAUGUCACCACAAACCCGUCCAUCAUCCAGGGACCGCUCGGCGGAGGAGACGGAUACCACGACCAAACCGAUGAAUUGUUUCUCAGACAAGAAGAACGGGAGCGUACGCCUACUUCCACUAGCAAAGGUGCUGCCAUUGGGGUAGGAGCUGGAGCUGCUGCCAUUGCCGCUGCCGCGGCUCACCACCUGCACAAUCAGAGUCCAGACUCCUAUGACGAGCGACACUCAUAUGACGAGCGACACCAGGCCACCGUGGAGGAAGAUUAUGAUCGCCCUCAUACAGGUGAGCCCCAAUACGAGCAGCCAGGCUACGCACAGAGCAAUCGCACUCCAUUGUCUCAGGGCCCCUCCGGCUGGAAAGACGAGGGUUACCAGUCGGCUAACCAACGUGAAGCCUACACGCCUCAGAACCGCAAUCACCCAAAGCUCUUUGACGAUGAUGGCUUUGGUGAGGAUUACGAUGAGACGGAUGACCUGUUUGCUGCUAAUACCAAACAUAACCGACACGCUAGUGGUAACUCUCACGGCAUGGCGUCUCCUCUAUACGACGCGGCUACGGGCAAGGGCCUCGAUCGCAUUCAGUCAAAGGAUAUCGUGGCCCUCAUGGACCAUCUCACCGUCAGGGACGCACAGCGUAAUGCACGCGACACCGAGAUUUUGGUCACACUGGUUCGAAGUGCGGCUGAGAUGCGCAACCAGCUGGAUGAGAUGAAGCAGUUCAUCAAGACUCAAGAUAACAUGAUCGUGCAAACCACAGACAAACGCGUCGGUCUGGCUGAGCAGCGGAUACUAGGCGGUCCUCGUCCACAGCCUCUGGGAUCACCACGCGUCAACCGGUCAUCGUCAGAUGACAUUGACGUGGAGGCUAAGAAGAAGAAUGUCUUCAAACGUGCAUUGAAGGGGUUGAGUUUGAAGGGUGACAGCGACAUGAAGAACAUCGAAGCCAUGUUGGUCCAGCUACUCGGCGAAGUUGAAGGCUUGAAGCAUGUUCAUCAGCUAUCCCUAGAUCAGCAGAACAGAUCAAACAGUCUCACCUCAUACGAAAACCUGCGAGCGAGCGGCGACGCUGGCUAUGAGCCGGAAGGUCGUGCCAACACUGCCUCGUCGCCAAAUCAGUCCGGCUACCUCUCAAACCCAGCUUCGUCGGGUCGACGUAUCCAGGACCUACACUCUGGCUACGACGUCAUGCCAACUAACCGUAUAAGCACGGUAGAAGAAGUCAGUGAUGAGGAAUACGAUGAGCGUGACGCACGAUACGAGAACACUGAGCGGAUGACCACGCCAACGCAAGAGGCUUUCCAGAACAAGAAUGUGUCACAAGAGACCCCUCCACAAGCGUCGAGAGCCGUUCGAGAUCCGCAGAGCCAGGAGAAUACGCCCAAGCGUAAGCACAAGUCGAACUCAUCGUCUAUUUUCGGCAUUCCCAAGAUCUCAAGAUGGUCAAAGACUACUUCUUCAACCAACCCAGAGAGCCUCCCCCGCAAUAGUGGGUCUGGCGAGAAACGACCCUACUCCACUCACUCCAGGUCCAAUUCACAGGACGAUUACUACGAUGACGAUGAGGAGUUGUACGAGGUGCGCGAUGAUGACAGGCUUCGUUCCAACACAUCGCUAGCAAGGGACGCUCAAGCUUCAAUUCGGUCCGCUCGCUCACCAUCACCACUGAUUCCAGAUGAUCUUCUUGAAUACGAGAUGGAGGACCCGAAAUACCAGGCUCAUCGCAACUCAUUGAACCUGCAACAUCCUCAGCCCCGCCCUGGUCCGACUGGCCGCCAUCAGAGCAACCUGGAAACUCAAGCCCAGAUCUACGAGCCCCUACAAUCUCCAGAUUACGACCAGUGGGGAAGUAUGCCGGCUUUGGCGCGCAACCGUCUCUCCGGUGGGAAUGCAUCUCUAGGCCAGAGCAACAUGUCGCCCAUCUCAUCCGACGGCGGAUACAGCCAACACUCUGCUUCGGAGCAACAACAAGCGGGCCCACCUCGACCGCCCAAGAUCCCAGAUGACGGCCCACUCAUCCCGCCGCCGCAGACGCUUGCAGGCUACGGCCAGACAAGACAAAUGUAUAGCUCCCCGAAUGAGUUUGGCAGCCAGGGUGCUUUGACGCCCUUAGCGCCUAUUGCUGAAGUGAGGUAUUCGCUUGAGACGGAUAGAGGACAUCGCAUCACGCCCACGCCCUCGCCCCACCCUAGCAACCAGCACCUCCACACCAACGCUGCGGCGAACAGCCCGCAACGCAAAAUCACGGGCCCCAGGCCCAUGGGUAGCAGAAGCCCAAGUGGACAGCAGGGUCUCAGCGGCAAUGCAGGGUUACAGCAUCAGGAUACAGUUGUAAGGAGGAAGCCAAUUGCUGCGGAUGAGGAGUCCCUCGAAUCGUACCGCAGCAGCCUCGACUCGGAGAUCUUCUAG